AUGCUUCAAGAUAUUCCCCUUCGGCAACGAAGAAUGAAACGAAGAAGAGCCUCCACAAAGGCUUCGAGUACGGUUUCAACUUCAAUGACACCCAGUUCAACAACAAGUGCCACCAAUGGUGUUGGUUUAACAUCUUCAUCAACGACUACACCAACAACAACGAGAAGUGGGAGAAGAAUUCUAAAACCACUUCUCGUACCCUCGGAACCAAGUAAUCCUUCGGAUGGAAUUUUAUUUAUUGGUGAUGAUGAUGAUCAUUUGAGAACGUUCUUUGAUGAAGAAAAUAGAGAACAUGUUCAUUUUGAAAGAGAUAACAAUUUUGUUGAGCAUCGAUUAAUUGACUCAGGUGUUGAAAUUGAUCCAGAGCAAGAAGAUCGAUUUUAUUCCACUCCAUUUGAACAAUACAACACUCAGAAAAUUCUUCAUAAAAAAGUGAAAUCUACGGAUAAAGCAAAACUGGAUCUUGAAAAUGUAGAUAGCAACAUUCCUUCAAGAGAGGAUACCGUUUUUGAGAAUGAAGUUUUCACAAAGAAAAAUAAGGAGCUCACACAAAAGAGAAUGUAUGAAUGGAUUCAAUGUGUUAGAUGUGACAAUAAUUUAUUAUUUUAUGGAGUUGGAUCAAAAAUAUAUGCUCUGAAUCAAUUAAUGUACCACUUGAAAAUAGUUGAUACAAAUGGAUACUUUGUUAUUGUAUCUGGAUUUAACCCAAAUGUAACCGCUGAUUCAAUUUUAUAUCAAAUUUUAAAACAUAAUUUUAAAGAGAAGGAAACCAAAAUCAAGAAAUUGUCAUCCAUAGAAAAGGUUGAUUAUAUUUCGAUGCAUCUCUCUAGAAGAAAUGAGCAAGUACAACAAUCAAAUGACGAAGACUUGGGAGAUUUUUCAGAAUUUGUAAACCCAUCAACUCAACAAACGCUAAUGCAGAAACAACAUUUAUAUAUUUGCAUUCACAACAUAGAUGGUCCAAGUCUGAGAGACAAAACAAGUCAACAACUGUUAGCUGUCUUGGCUUCCUCUAGAUAUAUUCACUUGAUUUGUAGUGUUGACCAUCAACUCUCUAAUCUGCUGUGGGAUGAUUCUCUGGAAAAUAAGUUUGGAUUCAUGAGGUUUAACAUUACUAAUUUUUGUACAUACUUCUUGGAAAGUGAACACAUUUCUCUAAGCGCAUUGCUAUCAGAAGGAAAUACAACUACGAGCGACAAUGAAGAUGAAGUAGCUGUUGGUGCUAUUGAUAUUGUUUUCAAAACGAUUGCGUCAAGCUCCAAAAAGUACAAACAGAUUUUCAUUGUUAUUUGCAAAAAGUUUAUUGAACUUGAAUCGGAAAAAGAAAAGUCAACAGACAAAUCAACUCAAUUACCAUCAGGCUGUACUUCUAAUGACAUCAAGAAAGAACUCGGAAUGUACGCAAUCGACGAUACUCUAUUGAUGGAGGGACUUGCAUUUUUCGAUCAAACUAAGAUCAUUAAGAAGCUUAAACAAAACUUGUAUGCUCCGACUCUAAAAAAAACACGAGUGUGA